AUUUAAAUUAUGUUUUCUCAAGUAUAUACUAAUAUAGUGGACCGCGAAUAUAUAAACCGUCGGCAGCUAUUCUCUCAAGAAAAUAGAAGAUAUACUAGGCAAUUUAAACAAGUAUCUCGUGUUUUCUUAGUCAUUUUAAUUUUUGGGUAAUGUAUUUACUGUUUUCUCUGGUCUAUAUAUUUGCUUCCUAAAAAUCAAUUGAUCAUUCGUUACAUCUCUGUAUUUUAGUGCUCUUUCUUGUUCUUCCCACCACUGCCUUUUUUCUCUCAUUUUUGAAUUACAUGGAAGCAAAAAGAAAAGUUGAUCAUGAAAUUGGUUUUGAUUUCACAAAAUUGCCACCAUCUAAAUGGGGUGAUCACUUCCUCACUGUGACCGUCACUGACUCGGAUAUUGAUGCUCUUGCAAAUGAAAUUGAGGUACUAAAGCUUAAAGUGAGGGACAUGCUAAUUUGGUAUUCGGGAGAUGAUGGCGAGGCGACCAAGAGAAAAAUUCUUAUAAUCCAUUUUCUAGUCAGUCUUGGUCUGGCAUAUCAUUUCGAGAAUGAGAUUGAACACAUAGUGAAAAUUGCUUUCGAGAAGAUAGCGGAUUUGAUCGCUGAUGAGAAUGACUUGUACACGAUUUCUAUCAUGUUUCGCGUUUUCAGAACAUAUGGUCACAACAUGUCAUCGGAUGUGUUCAAAAGAUUCAAAGAAGAUGAUGAGAAGUUCAAGAGAUAUCUAAUAAAUGAUUUCAAAGGGAUGCUAAGCUUUUAUGAAGCACUACACCUCGGAACAACAACGGAUUAUAUCUUGGAUGAAGCAUUGAGCUUUACACUGAGCCACUUGGAGACAAUAGCUACAGGUCAUUUAGCAAGUCCAGGACACAUUUCAAGGCUUAUACAAAAAUCACUUCACAUACCUCAACACAUGAACAUUGAAGCACUAGUUGCAAGGGAGUAUAUUUCAUUUUAUGAACAAGAAGAGAACCACGAUGAAACGUUGCUCAAGUUAGCAAAGCUCAAUUUCAAGUUCUUACAGCUUCAUUACUUCCAAGAACUAAAAACAAUCACCAUGUGGUGGAGGGGACUAGAUCAUACAUCAAAAUUACCACCUAAUUUCAGAGAAAGAACCGUUGAGACUUGGUUAGCGGCAUUGAUGAUGUACUUUGAGCCGCAGUUUUCACUUGGGAGAAUUAUGUCGGCUAAGUUUUACUUAGCAAUCACAUUUCUAGAUGAUGCUUGCGAUACAUAUGCUUCUAUUGACGAAGUUAGGAAUCUGGUUGAUUGUAUAGAAAGAUGGGACCCUGAUUACAUGGGAGAACUUCAAGGUCACAUGAAGACGGCCUUCAAAUUUGUGAUGUGUGUUUAUAAAGAGUAUGAAGAUAUAUUGAGGUCACAAGGAAGAUUAUUUGUCUUGGAGGAAAUGAUAGAAGAGUUCAAGAUACUUGUGAGGACAAACCUCCAACUUGUCAAAUGGGCACGAGAAGAUUGCAUGCCUAGCUUUGAUGAGUAUAUAGAAGCUGGUGGAGCUGAGAUUGGUUCGUAUGCGACCAUAGCUUGCUCUAUUAUGGGACUUGGAGAGAUUAGUAAGAAGAUAGAUUUUGAGUGGCUAAGAUCUAGACCAAAGGUCGUCCAAGUUCUAGCCGCAAAGACCCGUCUCAUGGAUGACAUAACCGACUAUGAGGAGGAUAUUGGUAAAGGUUACACUGCAAACGCACUCAACUAUUACAUAAAACAACAUGGAGUUACCAAAGAAGAAGCUAUAAAAGUGUUUGAUAAAAUGAUUAAAUAUAUCAACAAAAUCGUUAACGAGGAGUGCUUGAAGACAACCCACAUCUCUCGUCGGGUUCUUAACCAAAUCAUCAAUUACGGACGUUCAUUAGACGUUCUAUAUACAUCUGACGAUGUCUUCAACCACCGUGAAGGCAUGCUCAAGGAGUAUAUCACCACUUUGCUCGUUGAUCCAAUACAUCUUUAGAGUUUAGACUGUGGAAGUCAAAGCAUAACCUUCUUUGGGUUUCGAAUACAAUGUUUUAGUGAAUUUAUGUUUUAUAAGGCAAAUGUAUUUUGUUAUGAAGACUUCACACUCAAAUAAAAACAUCUUGGACAAUCUC